CACAGAGGAGCUCCUGGCUUGGAGGGAAACCCUAGAAGAGGACCUAGAGGAGAUGGCUGAUGACAGCACUGAUUUGGAAAAGACCAGUGUAAGCUCAGCCAUCUCUGAGAAGUCCCAGGUAAUUAGCUACCUUUCUGAAAGCACCAAGCCCAUCAGCAGCGCCCUCUGCAAAGACCUCACCUCCACACAGAAAAAAGAGAAGGAAGAGGCUAUGAAGAAAGAAGUGAGGAAGUCAGGAAAGAAGAAGCGAGGAAAUAACAAGAACCAGAAGAAGAACAAGGUGUCUCCUCUUGGCAAUGAUAGUACUGUGGCUGCAGAUGAGCCUAAGAAAAAACAGGCUCUCCUCCCGCGGAUCACAGCCGCCCUGGCAAAACUAUUUUGCUUCCCCUGCAAAAAAAAAUACAAAAGUAACUGUUCAGAAGACGAGUUUGGGAAAACCCUGCUGCCACCUCCCCCAACCCACUUUCUAAAUAAACUCUCAAAGCCAACAGAAGAGGGAGGGAGACAACCCCCCCUACUCACAACUCAUUUUAUUACACCACAUUUAAUUAAAUAAACACAACUUGCAUCUAUUUUGAUCUUCUUCUUGAGUUUUUUUUUUAAAGACCCACCUGCAUGCUAUAGAUUCUUAAGGUCAAUUUGCUGUCUACUACAGUAUCAUUGUUAUGAGUAUGUUCACUGUGCCAGUCGUUAUAGCCAGUAUAGGCUAUAAUAAUGCCCUAACCUAAUUGCAAUUGACAUAAUAAGAGUUACAUUUGAAUAAUUCCCUCAUUUUAUAUAUUUUUUUAGAGGGAAUAAA